AUGAUUCAACGUCUUAUUCAAAGUGAUUACUUUUCGAAAGGAGUAGUUGUGGAUGAUGCGAAUCAGAACAGUGGUAACAACAACACUACCUCUCCAACAACAUUAUCAGACAAACAACACAACACUCCGUUAUUGAAUACGCAACAAGUAGAAGCCUCCUCUUCCGGCACUCCUUCCUUACAAAUUCCAAAUAACAAUUCAACCACUACUACUGCUACUACUAAUACCUCUUUAUAUUCUCCUCCGAGUAAUAUUUCAUUAUAUUUUCAAUAUAUUGCCAAUCUUGAUUUCAUUCAAGCUCAUACUCUCAUUCGUAACUAUCAAGAAUUGAAUCAACCUCAAAAAUUAGGCUCUCUUCAUUCAUCUUCCUCUACUCCCUAUUCAUCAAGUACUCUCUCUAAAUAUAAACAAAAUGAAGAGGAAGUGAUUCAAUCCUUAAAAAGAUUUAUUCAAUGCGAAACACUUUAUUACGAUGCCAAUUAUUCACCCAAUGAAAAACAAGAUUUACAUUCAUUAUAUUCAUUAUUGAGCAGUAAUUUAUCAUUAAUUGCAAUGAAUGCUCCUUAUGAAUAUUUGAGUAAUUCCAAUAACAAUGGAUCUUCAAAUAGUCCUUAUAUGGACAUGCAUCAUUCACAAUCCAUAGAUCAAAUUCAUUCUUCCCAUGAUCAUUUAUUAAUGAUGAUGUCCAUGAUGGAUCAAACACAAUCAGGUCAUAUGGAUACAAUGAAUGCAACAAGUAGUGUUGUAGAUUAUAUUGUUUACAAAAUGGGAUCAUCCCUUUCUCCUACCACAUCUUCUUCUUCUCAUUAUUAUCAUCAAUUGACUCUUAUUGAUAAGGAAUUCAUUCUAAGCAAACAAAUUAUUAAGGAUUUUAGAAUGCUCAUUCAACUACGAUUAGAAAUUAUUGCCUUUUAUAGAAUAUUAUCAAGAUACAAACAUCCACCUAAAUAUGAUAAUUAUGUUAGAAUUAUUAAUAGUUUAAAAUCUAAAUAUAUUAAUAGAAUUGGUCAUCAAUUCUUUGAAAGGAUUGUACAAAAUAUUAAUAUGGAAUUGAAUACACUGAUAUCAUUAUUUGAAUGUGAAUAUAAUAUAUGUAACUAUAAAUAUAAGGAAAGUGUAUUUACCAUGUGGAAGACGAAACAUUUAUUUAAACAAUGGAAUGAAUUAUUUUAUAAAUGGAAAAUAGAAAUGAAUGAAAUACAAUCUCACUAUUGGACACAACCUCAAAAUUUUGGUAUAAUGACAACGACAACAACAACACCAUCACGAGGAGAUGCAAUCUCUAACUUGUCCUCUGUGGCUGCUAUGAAUACACCUUCAAUUAUGGUACAGCCACCUCAUAUGGGAAAUAUUUCCAAUCAUCAUUUACCAACGAGCCAUGAAAGCCUUUCUUUAGAAACAAGUGCAACUUCAAGUACUACUAGUUUGAAACAAGUCAAUUCUCUCCAUACUACCACGAAUAUGAAUACGAAUACUACUACUUCAAACACCAUAAACACAAAUACUAUUACUCCAACUACUACCAAUACCAAUACCACCAACAAUACCACCACAAUGAAAUCAUCUCAAGUAGAUGAUUCAUCUCCAAAUAAUUUAAACAAAACUAAUUUAUUCAAAUGGAUGACCAUGAUAUUUGGAUUUAGUCAAUCGAAAUUUACAUUUAUUUUUCAUGAUAUCAUUACCAAUCAAUCCAGUAUGAUUGUUAAUAAUUUAUUGAAUCAUCAUACCAAUGGUACAAUGAAUGAUCAUCAUUCACCUCUCAUUCCACCCUCACUAGCAGUGGAUUAUAUUCAAUGGAUUCAAUCAUUUAAUGAAAUUGUAAAACCAGAAUCCGUGUGUUUGAUUUAUAAUGCCACACAUGAUCAUUUAGAUACAACACCAAUUUUAGAAACAGAUCCUGAAAAGGGAUAUGUGAUGAGAAUUCGAAGUCAAGAAAAUACUGAAGAUUUAUCAUUGAGUGGAAUUAAAUUAUAUCCAUGUGUGUUUCAUUAUCCAACAACAUUUAUUCAAGAAGGAAGUAGUGGUGGUAUUGGGGGUGGUAUGAAUAGUAGUAGUACAGGUAUUGGUGGUGGUAUGAAUAGUAGUAGUGUUAGCAGUGGUAUUGGGGGUGGUAUGAGUAGUAGUAGUAGUGGAAAUGGUACUCACUCUCAAAGUAACAGUCAUACCACGAAUAGUACUACCACUCCCAUAACAACAACAUCAAUACCAAUAUCAACAACAACAACAUUGGAAACCACUGCCACUCCAGAACGAAAAAUUACCAAACAAACACUCAUGUACACGUAUUGGCCGAACCUUUUAUCACUCAUUAUGGAGAAUGGAUCUGAUCUUGAAGUGGCUGAAGAAGCGUUUUAUUUUACAGAUCCAAAAACAUUUACUACUUAUUAUUUGUGUAUGGUCACUCCAAAAUUGUAUUUGGCAAGUAUUGUGAUCAAACCAACAUCAAAGGAUCAUCAAAUAGCACUCAAGUUUAUGGCACAAAUGAAUAAUUUUAUUAGAAAUAGAAAGGUAUUCAAUUACUUGACAUCGGUCAUACCUCAACAACCUCAAUCAUCGAAUGGUAAGAAUCAUUCAGUGUCCUCACAAGCAUCACCACAUAGUUCCAUGAAAAUGACAAGUCCAUCGAAAUCAGCCUCCAAGUUUUCUCUUUUUGGAGGAUCGAAGAAAAAGUAA